AUCCCACGCCCUGGCUCUGAAUGGGGCUCUCUGAGGAUGCCAGAUGUUGGGAACAAAGGUCUAAAAAUAAUCUUCACAAAUAAUCUUCCCAUCUAUCACUGUAGGAGAGCGCGUGCUUUGUGCGAACAGGAGAGCCGAGAACCUGAGCUAACUUGGACUAAAGAAGUUCAACAGCAGCUCCUGGCUUGUGGGCUCGGGUGGUGGUUUGUUUUCCCUUCCCCUUUCCCUUCCCAGAAGCUGCGCAGGGAAAAGCGGCUCUCAGCAGCGGUCAGCCCUCACUCUGCCUCCCUCCCUGUAUCCCUCGCUAUCCUCACGAAGGCUCUGAUCGCCUGGAUCCCAAAAGCCAGGCUGCUUACUUUAUCUCUCCUUUGGAAGAUGGAUUCCAGGCUGCUGUCAGAGAUGCGUUUCUGUAAAAAGAUCCUCACGGCAGCCUUAUGUGUCUUAGUUUUGCUGCCAGACUCGGGCUGUGCAAGGAAUCUCUGGAAGCGUGCUCUACAUCUGAAAAUGACAGAGAAAUACGAUGAUUAUGAGUACCCUCUUCAUUCUCACAGUUCCCACUACCAGAAGAACGACCGGUGCCCCCCUCCACCCCAGACCUUGCCCGAGCGAGCCUGCGAGGUGCCAAGCUGCCGCUCGGACUCUGAGUGUGAGAGACACAAGCGCUGCUGCUACAACGGGUGCAUCUACGCCUGCCUGGAGUCUGUACAGCCACCACCAGUUUUAGACUGGUUGGUUCAGCCCAAACCUCGCUGGCUGGGUGGAAAUGGGUGGCUUUUGGAUGGCCCAGAAGAAGUCUUACAAGCUGAGGCCUGCAGUACCACUGAGGAUGGAGAUGAGCCUCUGCAUUGCCCCACUGGCUAUGAAUGCCAUAUCAUCAACCCUGGUAACGUGGCUGAAGGAAUCCCUAAUAGGGGCCAGUGCAUCAAGCUCCGAGGAAACCCAGAUGGACGCAACCUGAGGCAUAAGUAUUACAAAGAAUACUUUGGGAGCAGUUCCAACAACGUGGUCAGCUAUGUGAAAAACCAGCAGAAGCAUUUAGGCUAAUCAAAGCUGUGCCAGGCUGGACCGCUCUGUUAAGCAGCCGUCAUGGAAUGCUUUACCCAACAGUUUUCUAGGUUUUGGAAGAACUCUGGUCCCAAAUCUCCACGACCAUUUCUCCAGCAUUACCCUGAUCACUGCUCAUCCAUGAUAAAAGGCUUCACUCUUGAAGCAGCACAAUGAAUCUAGAUUUUAAACCUACCAGAAGGGGGGGAUAUGCGAUCCUCUGAAAGAAACCACACUGUUUAUGAGCUGCCCUUCUACUAAUGAAAUGCAAAUACCUCCAAGUGGAUCCCUAUAAACCACAGUGCCACUGUCAGGCUGCUGGAACAGAGCCCACCCUUUAUGUCCGUGUUAUGUGACCGAUUCAGAUUUCACAACCACAGACAUAACUCAGGAUUAUAAAACGAAGUGACGUCAGAAUUGUACCUAAAUAUCAUAUCUCAGUUGCAUUAUAAUAGGCAAGACUGUAACACUAAAGGGGAUCUCUGGAUCCAAUCCAGUGCCUGCUUAUCUUGAGAAACAGCCUUUUCGUAAGCUUAAAGUCUGAAGAAACCUGCAGGUUUCUUCUUUUCCAUCCAGGGUUCAUCAUGUUUGACACCCAAUCCACAAGCCUAAACCUGAAGCCUUAAGAAUUUGAGGAACUCUGGGUUAGGAGCAAAACCGGUUUUAUAAAUGUUUAUUUAGUUACUUUCCUUUAGCUUCUCAGUCUGGUGAGCUGCAGAUCAAGAACUAAUGAUGGAAUAGAUUUCUCUCUACAAUGUCUAAGCAGACACACAUAUGUGCCAGUCUUUUUAAGUUUUCAGCCAGCACAGUUAAUACUCACAAAGUGCACAUCUGCUCUUUUGUACCCACAUAACCUCAGCAAAAAAGGCAGAAGUCUGGAUUAUUUGAUGCAUAUAUUAAAAAGGCAAAUUGAGGAUAAGUUUGUGUAAUUAAAAGGAUUGUCUGGCAGAUGGGCAGCUGCUCUUUAGAAGUCCUGUACCUUUAUGUUGACUUCCACAAAUCCUUAAGGUCAAGUUAUUUCUAUUGGGCCUCACAACUUCUUUUAGUAUUAUAAAGUGGAAAACGCAUCUUCUAUGGAUGUUUUCCUUUCCAAUGGCAGUCCCAAAGGGACACUUGCAUUUAGUUUCAACAAAUCUGUCAGAAUUGCUAGGCAAAAGAAGCCGUAUUUGCUCCCUUGUUUAGUGUAUGUCCCUGUCUGCAUUCAUAAAAUUAGCAUUUUAAUAUGAGGAAUAGUAGUGGUAGAUAUAAAUACCCAGUUCACAAAUACAAGUGCCUGCUGCCACCCACAAACUAGGGGAUUAUUUUCUGAACACUCACCAAAUGGUUUAAGCCAAAGCUAAACCACCUAUAAAACACUUGAUGCUUCUUGUAUGACAUUUGCAGCUGGAGAAAGAUGCCAAACUGCUC